AUGGUUGAGACUGCUCACACCUUAUUGCUUAAUGAAAAUCUACUUGUUCACUUUUGGGGUUAUGCAGUCCUCACUGAUAGCUAUCUCAUAAAUAGAAUAACCUCUUUAACACUUGAUAAUAAGAUUCAUCUUUUCAUUAUCUCUUCAGUAAUGUCUUCCUUGUCUUCUAUUGCUAUUUCCAAAAACUUUCAUGAGGCACUUGAUCAUCCAGGAUGGCGACAAGCCAUGAUUGUUGAAAUGCAAACUCUUGAACACAAUGGUACAUGGGAGUUGGUUCCUCUCUUUCAUGGAAAGAAAACAGUUGGGUGUAGAUGGGUAUAUGCUAUCAAAGUUGUUCUUAAUGGUGAAGUUGAUUAUCUUAAGGCCCGAUUAGUAGCCAAAGGAUAUUCCCAAAUCUAUGGUCUUGACAAUAGUGGCACUUUUUCUUCUGUGGCCAAAAUCACUACUAUCUAG